AAGAUGUUAGCUGUACGAACUUAAAUAUCAGCAUGCUUCAGUGUGUACGCUUUCUUUUCUAUUUAAAUGUUUUCUGUAAAAUCUCAAAUGCUCAGGUCUCACAAAUGUAUGUGGAAAAAGUGGACAAUCUGAACAAGGUAUCUAACAACGUUCCUCUCGAAGAGCACAGCUCGCCCUCUCUGUGCCACUGUACUGCUCUGUGUAGCAGUAUUUGCGGAUGUACUUGUUUGGGAUUUGACGGUCAGACUAAAAUAUGUCGCCUUCUGAAGUCAUGUGACGCAGUGGACAUGACAGUUACUGAAGAUUAUUGGAGAUACCACGUUCUUACGCCACAAGAUCUACCUGGUGAUUGUAAAACCCUUUACGAUAGAGGAUAUAGAGCGUCGGGUGUGUACACUAUAUAUCCCUGGGAGAGAUACAGUCCUGUUUGUCGUUCUAUCAAAGUCUUCUGUGACAUGGAAACCAAUGGAGGGGGGAUGGACUGUUAG